GCCUAGAACUGGAGCCGAAUUUGAACUCGGCGAGCGGAGCCGGAGCCCCGUUGCGGGCCGGGCCAGACUUCCAAAAGAAGCUGGAGGGAGAAAAUAAAAUGGAGACAGAGGCAGUUUCUAAUCUUCGUCGCCAACUGAAGGAAGCAGAAGAUGAGCGGAGAAAGGCAGCACAAUAUGGCUUGCAUAUACUGGAGCAACAAAAUGAGAUGCAGAAUCAGUUAGAUGAGCUACGGAGUGAAUUGAGCACCAAAACUGAGAAAUUUGAACAAGACAAGUAUUCACUUCAGAGAGAAGUUGAGCUCAAGAAUAGAAUGUUGGAAAGCUUGAGCUUUGAAUGUGAUGCUCUUAAGCAGCAACAAAAUAUGCAACUGGACAAACAGCGAGAACAACUUGAAAGAAUCCACGGACAAGACAUCAGUCAACUUAAAGACAAGUUGGAGAAGCUGAAAGCAGACCUAGAUGAAACCCGACUAAGUGAGAAACAACUAAAGCACAAAGUGGAACAUCAAAAGGCAGUCAUUAAUGCUAAAGCGGAAGAAUUGCACAUGAUGUCUGAACGUGUACAUGAAACCAUGUCUUCAGAAGUGCUAAAUCUCCAGAUUGAACUAACGGAACUUGAAAGUGUGAAGGCCAGUGUUGAAGAGAAGAUGAAUGAAUUGCAAUACAGUAAAGAGCAACUAGAACUUGCAAACAGCAACCUACGCAACCAGUUGGAACGCCUUCAAGGAGAAAAAGAAGAGAGAGAAAAGGAAAUAGUUUCUUACUACAAUGCAUUAGAGAAAGCUCGUGAAGCUAACCAGGCACUUCAAGGUCAGCUGGAUCAUGCACUGGUUCAGGCUUUGGACCCUACCAGUAAAGGCAAUUCUCUGUUUGCAGAGGUGGAGGACCGUAGGGCAGAAAUGGAACGUCAGCUGAUCAGUGUGAAAGUAAAAUAUCAAUCACUACAAAAACAGCAUGCAUUCACUAGAGAACAAUUGCAAAGAAUGAAGCUACAAAUGGCUACGCUGCUUCAGAUGAAAGGUUCUCAGGCAGAACUUGAGCAGCUAGAACGCUUGCAGUCAAUGUUAGAACAAAAGAAUGGUGAAAUAGAAGAUCUUCUAAUGAAAGUGAGGCAACUGGAGAAAUGUAAGAAUUUAUAUGAGAACAUGAAAGAAUCAAAACCUUCUUGUAGCAGUUCAAUAGGUGGAGAAUUUGAAGAUGGCUAUUAUACAGAUCUGCUUCAAAUGAAACUUGAGAACUCCAAUAAGGAGACCGAAACUUUGAGAAACGAACUAUCCUUACAGAGGAUGAAAGCUUUAUAUGAGAGCCAGAGGGUUCUGGAGGUAGAAAGGAAGCUUUUUGCCAAUGAGAGGCACCUGCAGGUAUGCCAAAGUGAGAACAUGAACUUGCGAGUUAUGCUGGACGAGCUGAAAAUGAAGUACGAACCUGAAGAAUUAAUUAAAAUCCCUAAAAGCAUAAAAAGGAGGGAGAAGAUUCCAGUGGACAUGACUUCUGAACCUGGAGAUAGCAAAAAUGCUACAGUAGAGAAAACUACUCACUUUUCAUCUCAAAAUAAGGAAGAAAGAAAGAUAUGUACCAAGAACUUGGAUCCAAGUGAUGACCCUCAAAGAAAAUAUGUACUUGUGGCAGCACCAGUGAACAUCACUCCGCUUCCAGCAACACAACAAAGGGCUGAACCCGAGAAGGAUAGGAAAAGAGUUAAAAUCAAAGAAGAGAACAUCAAAGGUUCAAGUGAAAGAAAUGGAAAUAACUCUCUAACUCCAGCUGCCUCCAGGUUAACAGCUGGAUCCAGACUUGAAACUGUGGAAAAUGAAGACCUGAGUGAAAAAACAAUCAAGCCUGAGAAGAAAACACGAAAGAAAACAUACACUACAUUAUAUGUGUCUUCUAAACCAACUCCUGAAACACAAUGUCCUCAGCAAUAAAACUCAGUUUUUCCAGAGCAAAUCUGGAAACUUAGUCUUGCCUUAAAGAUUCUGUUGUGAAGCAAUGAAUACAUAGUGUACCAUUUUUAAUGUACAUAUACUUUGCAUUUUAAGAAACCUGUGUAUCUGCCUUCUGUUUCAUGAACAAUUAAUAUUAUGGUUUGUAUUAUGCAGGGCUCUCACCAUCCCUAUUUGGUUAACCUCAGAAGUGCCACAAAAAUAAAUUCUCUUUGGUAACUUGACCCAAAAUGUUGUCUCAUCCUGAAUUUUAGUUAAGACCCUAAUCAUUAGUAGUUUUGGGUUUCCAAAAGUGUAGCUCAGUUUAGAAUGACUAGAGUUGACUAUGGACAUCCUGUGAAGCUAUAUAAUAAAUACAGGUGUAAACCGAGUAGGACUGCAUAUUUCUCUAGUGAAUAAAAUAUUGUGACACUGGACUGAUGGAAGGGAAGAUAGAGAGAGAACAAUAAAUACUAAUGUUAUUAAAUUCCUAAAGGUUGUUUUAAUUGUUUUAAAUGGGCACCUUUCAAAGCUACAUUUUCCCCCAGUGUGUAGCAAUUUCUGAUUUUCAGCACACCCUAUAUACUUAAAUCCCACAUUUAACAUCCUCUUUAAAAGUCAUAUGAACGUGGGGUGCAUUUGAAAUGCUAGGAAGGAUCUUAUAAAUGUACUAGCAAUUAAAAUAAACCUUGCUUUAUUCCUUUUGAAGGUGCCGAUAAAUGUUGCAUUGUAUGACAAAGUGCUUAGUUUUCUAAAUGUAAAAUUCUAAAAAAAAAAUUCAGAAAAUCUUUUUGUAAUAUUCUGUGUGUAAAAACUGACUAUGUACUAAAAGUUUAUUACUGCUCUUAAUGUAAUUACUUUUUUCUGUUUAAUUUUGUUUGUAGAAU